ACAUAACACGUCCGGCACCACGCGCGGACGGACGGUGGAUCACAUGCACGAACACUCGCUGUUCGCCUCAGUCCCCGCUGCCCAGCACCAUGACCUCCUGCAGCAGCUGGCUGGCGUGACUGCCAUGCAGCCAAACCGAAUCUACGAACGACGUCUGGUAUUCAAGCCAUACAGAAAGCCGGGGUAUCUUAAACCUCGACCCGGGGGCAGCCAAGAUGUCCAGGCCCCCGAAGUUCAGAGGCUGAAUAAGAUGCUCAACGGUGGCCUCUACCACGUCCAGGUUGUGGGUGAGGUCAAACUUACUGAUUUCGGCACGCAUCCUUCCAUCGUCGAUGCUACGAUGGGGGGAACGGAUUUCGGAAAUCAACACCAGAAUGAAUACGAUAUUUCAAAUCAAUCAUGGAGGAUAGAGUUCAAGGAUAUCCCAGAUGCUGGCACUGGGUCUGCCGUGACUUCGAGACUAAUUAGCACUUCGAGGGUUCCGUAUGGCGAUAUUGUUCCAGUUAUGAAAGCUUGGGGUUACGAUUAUGUGUCAGAAUAUGUCCUCGAAGGCGACAUGUUCAUCCUCGAUGAUACCGUAAUACUGCUGCAUCGGAUACUCAAUUUCCCCGCCAAACAUCAUCUCCAAGGUUUACCGGCCUUCUAUCUCCCGCCUCUGCAGGAAAUGGUUCCACUGGACUCAACUGGCGGAUACCUACUACAGGCAUCGAUAACUGUGCAGGAUAGUGGCAAUCCAGACCUGAUGAAGGCAACAACGCAGCGACUUCUCGGAUUGAAAGAACAUCUAAAAUCAGCUGUGAGGCUCGAAUCCGCGGAUAGACUCUCUUUAGACACGAGAGUGAAAUGAUCCCCCGGAGUGACUUGCACGUGAUUGCAGCGGAUUUGCAUGUGAGUUAAAGAGGGAUGUUUGGACAUCUUCCGCGGGGCAGCAUCCUUAGCCAUGAUGUCAAGUUGGAAAGUCUACUCAAUCACUGCAUAGCGUUAUAGAUCUUUUCGAUUAUGAGAACGUAUACAUACCUCCUGCACUCCAUAGAUUGCUAGUUGAUUGGUUAAUCAGCGUUAGCUACGGCUGAGGAAUCCCUGGAUCUUACUUCAAUACAUUC